AUCAUCAAGUUGAUUCUCUUAAGCUCCAGAGAAGAAGGAGCACAUUUCACACGAGAGGCAUUUGCAACAUAGUAGCGAUGAUGUCUUAGCUUUUUAAAUAGUUUUAUGCUACUAAAUACUAUAAAAGCAUCAGUAAAAGGCGAACAAGAUGAUUUGUGGGUGAUUCCAAACUUUCGAACGCCACAGGAAUAAAAUAAUGUAGAAUCCGGUCCAGACUCGAGCAGCGGGUUCGCCAACUUUUUUUCGGUGUUUCUAUAAUAAUAACUGAGGCGCGAAGUCCCGUUCGCGAGUGUCGCUGCUGCGCUGGCCGGGGAGCGCGUGCUUCCUUGUGCCACUUGUUAAGUGCGUGCGCGCGCGUGCGUGCGGGGGGUUGCGUAUCCGUGGCGGCCAGCGUGACGUCCCUCUACCCUUUCUCACGUCUCGGCGCGCAGGGAAGGAAGAGGGCGGAGCGCGCAGUUCCGCAGUCCGGACAGAGACUCGCCCUCGCCGGCUGCUCCGCGCUGUCGCUCCGCCAUGUCCGUCGCUGUCACCGCGCUCCUCGCGCUCAGCGCAGCUCUGCUGUCCGCAGCCGCCGCCGACAGCUGUAAGAGCUACACGGAUGACAAGAACGUAUACCAACCGUCCAGGUCCUGUUGGGGCUUUCAGUUCUGCUGCGGCACGUGUUCAAACCGCUACUGCUGCUCGGACAAGUUCAAGGAGCUGGACGACGACGCGCAAGAAAAAUGCUUCACUGGAUAUAUGAAGCAGUCGAACACGGCCAUCAUCGCCAGCGGCUUGUUCUCCUUGGCCAUCUUAAUCAUCCUCAUCAUCUCCUGCUGCGUCUGCCCCUGCUGCUGCAUCUACAAGAUGUGCAGGAAGCCGUCAAGACCUGUGGUGACAUCGCACACGACCACGGUGAUAAACGCGCCGUACCCGCAGCAGCCCGUGCCGACCCAGGUCUACCAGGGGGCUCCGUACCCGUCGGGGUACCAGCCUGUACCGGUGCCCGUCCAGCCAGCCUACGGAUCGCAGCCCAUGUCCACGGUCCCCUACCCGGCGCAGCCUUACCCCUCGCCAGGAUAUCCGAGCCAGAACCCAGGACCGCCACCUCCGUACCAGGAGGCCGGGCCAGCGUACCCUCCGGCCCCCCUGCCCUACAGCCAGGCCGGGUACAGCGGAGGGCAGCCGUCCUACUCCCUGCAGCCGCCCACCGCGCCGCUGGCGGAGACCACGCAGCCGGCCUACAACCCCGCCUACGUGGAGCCGCCUAAGACGGGAUACUGAACAAUGGUCGCUGCGCCUCCCGGCGGCUGCUGGACACGCCGAUUCUGACAAUCGGCCUUCGCCUCGUUCCCGCGGAGACGGCAUACGCAAACACGGUCUCCAGUGAGCAGUCUAAAGUGUUCCUCUAGCCCCGUCGCUCUUUACGUGCGUGUUACGCAGGAUGUGUAGAACCGUGCAGCGCUUCACACACACCGCCACGUUUUCAGAAUGUAUGACUUUUUCAUCUUUAAUCUUUGAAAUGCUUGUCAGUUACUACGUUCUCAUGUUUACGUAUUAAUGGCAGAGACUCCAGGAAAUUCCUCAGUAACUGUCAGCGGUUUGUUUUUUUUUUUUUUUUUUUGAAAUGUUGUAUUAUAUUUAAAUGUGAAAGCAUUUGGUGCCCCAGGGGUGUGUUGUUUGUCAUGUUGCAGUUUAAAC